AACUCAUGGUUUAGGUCAUCGAAUGUUACCUAAUCCAAGUGGGGGAAAGUAAGGGAUUCCAGCAACAAAACCCAUCGAACGCAGAGGAAGAAAACAAGUGGACUAAGACCUUCAGGAGAGGCAAAACUAGGCUGCCGACAUGCUCGUAGAUAAGACAACGACGCCGCCUCGGCCAAAUUUGAUUGAUUUCCAUGGAGUUUCAAUGGUCCAUUAUUUCACGGACAACUGGGAGAAAAUUCAAAACUUCAAAGCCAGACCAGAUGAUAUCCUGAUUGCAACAUACCCGAAAGCAGGAACUACAUGGGUCUCCUACAUUCUUGAUCUUCUGUAUUUUUCUCAGACACAACCAGAUCGCCAGACAUCCACCCCUCUUAAUGAUAGAGUACCUUUCCUGGAGAUUACGAUCCCAAACCAAUCUUCUGGAACUGAUCUGGCAGAUAGUCUUGAUACUUGUCCUCGUCUCAUCAAAACUCACCUGCCAGUCCAGUUGAUUCCAAAGUCCUUUUGGGAACAGAAAUGCAGGGUAGUGUAUGUGGCCCGUAAUGCUAAAGACAAUGCAGUGUCUUAUUUCCACUUUGACCGCAUGACCUGCGUCCAACCAGAGCCAGGAGACUGGAACAGCUACCUACAGAGAUUCAUUGAUGGAAAGAUGGUAUUUGGAUCCUGGUAUGACCAUGUGACUGGCUGGUGGGAGAAGAAACACUCCCAUCCUAAAAUCCAAUACAUGUUCUUUGAAGAUAUGGUUGAGGACACUGGACGAGAGAUAAACAAGCUGUGCUCCUUUCUUGGUUUGACCUCGACAACCAAAGAGAAGGAUCAAAUCAAUAAUCUAGUACAGUUUGACAAUAUGAAGAAGAAUGAAAUGGCCAACUACUCAACUGUGAAAGCUAUGGACUUUAAGAUCUCUCCCUUCAUGAGAAAAGGGAAGGUUGGUGACUGGAGAAACCACUUCACCGUAGCCCAGAAUGAAGAGUUUGAUGAGGACUAUAAGAAGAAGAUGAAGAAUACCACGCUGCAGUUCCGCACUCUAGUCUGAAAUCUGGCCAGGCUACUCCUACAUCAUGAUUAAACCUGAGUGACAGAGCAGGAAAUGUAGGAUCUUUCAACAAGGGCGUAGAUUUACAGUGUUUUGCUGGUCUUUAAAACAUUUGUACAUAUAUAUAUAUAAAACUAUUUAGUAAGACCGUGAGUCAUCAUAGAAAAGCCGGGGGUCCCUUAUAGUGCUAUCUAUAAACCGAAUAAUAGUCAGAUAUAGGGCUUGACCAACAUAGCCUCUGUUUUGGAAGCAUAGGAGCAUUCGAAUGUUGGGUUUUAUUAUGUUGGAAGUCAUGUAUUUUGUUAAUGUAAUUAAUCGUGAAAUUAUGAUGAGUUAAAAUCAGCAAAAGGAUAUUUUUAUGUGAACAAUUUAAAUGUAUUACUUAGAAUACAUAUUUUCAAAAUUAAUAGGAUAUCUCUGCAAACGAAAGUGGAAAACUAACCGAUGUAAUGAGAUGUUUCUUCAAAAAUGGUUGCGGCAUCCUUUUCCAAUGGCAGAAUGUACUCUAAUGACAACGUGUUUCAUUAAACCUUGGUGUAACUUCUGUAAUUACAGAUUAGCUCAGUUUCAAAACUAUUGAACUAUAAAGUUUCUUAAGAGUGGAACAUAUCCACCAAUAAUUUCUUUCAUGAUUUUUUUUCUUUCUGUAAAUAGAAGGUUUUUGUUAAAGGCAUCAAAACUAAAUUCUGUGGCAAUGCAAUACAUGCCUAUUCCCCUGCCACCCCCACCAUUUCAUUAGACCCUCUUCUACUUCAGAUAAAAACAUUUAGUUUAAUUUACCGACUUUGGACACUUUAAAUGCAUAAACCCGCUUGGAAUACAGCUCAUUUUGCACUUCC